GUGUGGCGGCUUACACUGUCACCGGAAAUGCAAUUCUCUGUUCUGUCUGUGCCGGGAAUGUGGCGCGAGAGACCUAGGCAACGCUGUGUACAUAUAAACUUCAGCCUUAAAAAUCAAUAAAUAGUUUUCUUUCGUCUUUUUUAAUCUAACGUUUGGGGAAUUUUGCCAUUUGUGACUUCAAACCCGCAAGAAAUACCGCUCAUCAAGGUGACAAUGCCUCGUAGACGACAGAGACAUAUGGUCGGGAGUGGUUCAGAUGGAACUGAAGACUCGGACUCCUCCGCUGAAAGAGAACAGACCAAUAGUUCAGAAAGUGAUGGGAACAUGCCCAAGAGACAGCGCCUCACCAGAGCCUCUACUCGCCUUAGCCAAAGCUCUCAGGAUACUCCGGAUUUGAAGCGAACUGCGGACCAUGAUGAAUCUCCACCAUUGACGCCCACAGGAAAUGCUCCCUCUUCUGAAUCUGAGCUGGACAUCUCCAGCCCCAAUGCUUCCCAUGACGAGAGCCAGGCUAAAGAUCAAGCCAGCAGAGACUCCGAUAAGGACCUCUCCCAUCGACCCAAGCGCCGCCGCUGUCACGAGACCUACAACUUCAACAUGAAAUGCCCUACGCCGGGAUGCAAUUCACUCGGUCACCUUACAGGAAAACAUGAACGUCAUUUUGCUGUAUCAGGUUGCCCUCUUUACCACAAUCUCUCUGCUGAUGAGUGCAAGGUGAAAGCCAUCAGCCGUGAGAAACAAGAGGAAGAGGUGAAGGGGCAGGAAGAAAACAACUCACGCCACGCAACUCGUCACCAGACACCGACAUCAAAACAGAGCAGAUACAAAGAGCAGGUGUCUGAGAUGAGGAAGGGGCGAAGCUCUGGCCUUCAGAAGGAGCAGAAAGAAAAGCACAUGGAGCAUCGCCAGACACACAGCAACACCAGAGAGCCUCUGCUGGAGAACAUCACCAGUGAAUAUGACCUGGAGCUCUUCAGAAAAGCCCAGGCCCGUGCAUCUGAAGAUCUGGAGAAGCUGCGUAUCCAGGGCCAGAUCACUGAGGGCAGUAACAUGAUAAAGACCAUCCUGUUUGGCCGCUACGAGCUGGACACCUGGUACCACUCGCCCUAUCCUGAGGAGUAUGCACGUCUGGGGCGCCUCUAUGUCUGCGAAUUCUGCCUCAAGUACAUGAAGAGCCAGACCAUUCUCAGGCGACACAUGGCCAAGUGUGUGUGGAAGCAUCCUCCAGGAGACGAGGUGUACAGGAAGGGGGGUAUAUCUGUGUUUGAAGUAGACGGCAAAAAAAACAAGAUCUACUGCCAGAACCUGUGUUUACUCGCCAAGCUCUUCUUGGACCACAAAACGCUGUACUACGACGUGGAGCCCUUUCUCUUCUACGUCAUGACUGAGGCCGACAACACCGGCUGCCAUUUAGUGGGAUACUUUUCCAAGGAGAAGAAUUCCUUCCUUAACUACAACGUAUCCUGUAUCCUGACAAUGCCACAGUACAUGAGGCAGGGCUUUGGCAAGAUGCUCAUUGACUUCAGCUACCUGCUGUCCAAAGUGGAGGAGAAGGUGGGCUCCCCCGAGAGGCCUCUGUCUGACCUGGGCCUCAUCAGUUACCGUAGCUACUGGAAGGAAGUGUUACUCAGAUACAUGUACAAUUUCCAGGGCAAGGAGAUCUCCAUCAAAGAGAUCAGUCAGGAAACGGCUGUCAAUCCGGUGGACAUAGUGAGCACCCUGCAGUCUCUUCAGAUGCUGAAGUAUUGGAAGGGAAAGCACUUGGUGUUAAAGCGACAGGACCUGAUCGAUGAGUGGAGAGCGAAGGAGAUCAAGCGAGGCAACAGCAACAAAACCAUCGACCCGAGGUCACUAAAAUGGACUCCUCCCAAAGGGACAUAAGCACUAAGGUCCUCAGGCUACGGAAUCAACUCCACUCCAGCCUCACCAGCCACAAGUAGCCUAGACCUUCCAACUGUCAAUAAAGACCAGUGUUGAUUCUUUCCUUCAUGAUUUUAUCCCCCUUUUUUAUUUUUUAUUUCUGUCACUAAACUUUGUUUUUUACUUUAAUAUUUUACUUUCAUUUAGAUUUUAAGCACCAUGCGUUCCAAGUCCAAUGAUUCUUGACUUAAACAUUGUCAAACAAUUCAUAGUAGAGAAUCUCUUUGUCCUAUUUGUUAAGAAAGUUGCCUACAUGUACUAAGCUUUGAAUGUUAAAUGAUUAACAGUCCAGUGUGGUGGAAAACAUGAAUGUUUUGCUUUGCUCAUGCAAAAAAAGAAAAGAAAAAAGAAUACAUGCCUACAUCUAACAGCAUUAUUUUUUAAUUCCAUUCAAGAAAUGCGCAUUCUGAAGAUGGUAGUUGUUUUUGUUUGGGCUUAAUACAAUAAUUGUUAGCAUGAAUUGAAACCGUAAGCAGAGUGUAUUUUGAGGAGUAUGAUGUAUGGUUAACGUCUUUGGUUGGUGUAAAAUUGUAUAGAUCAUAAAAAUGUGUAUUUUUUUUUUUUUUUUUUUUUUUUUCUAGCUCCCAUCAAUACAGGAUUUGGAACCAUUCCGCUGAUGAAUCUGCCAAAUAAUGAAAUAAAGAUAUUUUGAUUUGCUGAGAAUAUAUAUAAAAAAAAACAACGAAUGCAGACAACAAUGCCACUGUAAGAAUGCACAUAGAAAUAAAACAACCUCAGGUUUUUUUACUGAUCCAAUCAUACCUUGGUCGUGUGGUUUCUCUGAAACAUCGAUGGCAGUGGUUGUCGCAGAUGGAAAGAUUCUGGUUAACGGUUCUGUAAUAAACAGAAAAGCAUUUUAACUUGACGUUUUAAUGGGACUGUCUUUGCCUUGUACUUUUAAUCAUGGCUGUUAAAUGUGUAUUAGCAAUUCAAUAUUUUUAAUAUCAAUAAAGCUGCUUUGAUAUUUUGAGAGGAGUUAGA